AUGGGUACGGAAAGAUCGGAGAUAGCUGAACGCAUCGUCAUUACCGGCCACGCAUUUGAUUGGAAUGCAACAAAAAGAUUGACCUCAUAUGGGCAAAAUACCAGGAAACAGAAGAUCAGGGAGGCUGUGGACAUCCUUUUUCAAAGAAACCUUAUGAACAGGAGAUUGGAAGGGAGUUUCUCUGAGCAAUUCGAGGAAAAAUCUUCAGUAGAUAGCACCAGUUCUCACUUAGAUGAAAGUGACAUCUCACCUAAACAGGUUGACGAAGAAAAAGAAUUAGCUCAACGUAAGAGAGGUUUAUUAGUCAACGACCAACCGGAUGAUUACGAUUCUCCAAAUAAGAUUGAUGAAAAAUCGUUGAGUCCUACUUACGUAGACUUCGCAAAUACUGAAAUACUUUCAUCAUUUGAAAGUCCAGCAAAGCGCCGGAGGAUGGAUGACCUUCACUCAGAUGAUCAGGUAGAUCUUGAGCAUUCGCACCAUCAGCCUACGAGCCCGACUCACGAAUUCGUGAAGACCGUCACCCCUAGCUUCUCAGAUUCCAUCCGUUACGGGAUGAUUAAAGAAUCGGAUAAAGUGGGCUCUAUUGCACUCGAGCGCUUUUUCGAUGAGGUCAGUGUGAUCAUGCCUUCUAACUUUGAAUAUCCGUCGCUGGAUUUUCUUGUAUUUCUCACUGUUGGCUGCACUAUUUGUUAG